AGGCUGUUAAAAAUGUUUGCCCAGCUUCUGGCAGGAUAUGAGCUGAUGCCUGCCUCGAUUCCACAGUCACCAUGAGAUUUAAUCCAGAGACUGACUUCACUAUAGAAGCCACAGUUGUAUCGAUGGUUGGGGAAAGAUAGUGGCAACAAGCAAAGGAGAAGCAGCUCUGACAUACAAAGAAAAUGAGUAUGCUAAAACCAAGCGGGCUUAAGGCCCCCACCAAGAUCCUGAAGCCUGGAAGCACAGCUCUGAAGACACCUACGGCUGUUGUAGCUCCAGUAGAAAAAACAAUAUCCAGUGAAAAAGCAUCCAGCACUCCAUCAUCUGAGACUCAGGAGGAAUUUGUGGAUGACUUUCGAGUUGGGGAGCGAGUUUGGGUGAAUGGAAAUAAGCCUGGAUUUAUCCAGUUUCUUGGAGAAACUCAGUUUGCACCAGGCCAGUGGGCUGGAAUUGUUUUAGAUGAACCCAUAGGCAAGAACGACGGUUCGGUGGCAGGAGUUCGCUAUUUCCAAUGUGAGCCUUUAAAGGGCAUAUUUACCCGACCUUCAAAGUUAACAAGGAAGGUGCAAGCAGAAGAUGAAGCUAAUGGCCUGCAGAUGACGCCUGCCUCCCGAGCUACUUCACCGCUGUCCACUUCUACAGCCAGCAUGGUGUCUUCCUCCCCAGCCACCCCCUCAAACAUUCCCCAGAAACCAUCACAGCCAGCAGCCAAGGAACCUUCAGCUACGCCUCCGAUCAGCAACCUUACAAAAACUGCCAGCGAAUCUAUCUCCAACCUUUCAGAGGCUGGCUCAAUCAAGAAAGGAGAAAGAGAGCUCAAAAUUGGAGACAGAGUAUUGGUUGGUGGCACUAAGGCUGGUGUAGUCCGGUUUCUUGGCGAGACGGACUUUGCCAAGGGGGAAUGGUGUGGUGUGGAGUUAGACGAGCCGCUUGGGAAGAACGAUGGCGCUGUUGCUGGAACAAGGUAUUUUCAGUGUCAACCCAAAUAUGGCUUGUUUGCUCCUGUCCACAAAGUUACCAAGAUUGGCUUCCCUUCCACUACACCAGCCAAAGCCAAGGCCAACGCAGUGAGGCGUGUGAUGGCAACCACGUCCGCCAGCCUGAAGCGCAGCCCUUCUGCCUCUUCUCUCAGCUCCAUGAGCUCAGUGGCCUCCUCUGUGAGCAGCAGGCCCAGUCGGACAGGACUAUUGACUGAAACCUCCUCCCGUUACGCCAGGAAGAUCUCCGGUACCACUGCCCUCCAGGAGGCCCUGAAGGAGAAGCAGCAGCACAUUGAGCAGCUGCUGGCGGAACGGGAUCUGGAGAGGGCGGAGGUGGCCAAGGCCACGAGCCACGUGGGGGAGAUAGAGCAGGAGCUAGCUCUGGCCCGGGACGGACAUGACCAGCAUGUCCUGGAAUUGGAAGCCAAAAUGGACCAGCUGCGAACCAUGGUGGAAGCUGCGGACAGGGAGAAGGUGGAGCUUCUUAACCAGCUUGAAGAGGAGAAAAGGAAGGUUGAGGACCUUCAGUUCCGGGUUGAAGAAGAAUCAAUUACCAAAGGUGAUCUUGAGACGCAGACCAAACUGGAGCAUGCCCGCAUUAAGGAGCUUGAACAGAGCCUGCUCUUUGAAAAGACCAAAGCUGACAAACUCCAGAGGGAGUUAGAAGACACUAGGGUGGCUACAGUUUCAGAAAAGUCACGUAUAAUGGAGUUGGAGAAAGACCUAGCAUUGAGAGUACAGGAAGUAGCUGAGCUCCGAAGAAGGCUAGAGUCCAAUAAGCCUGCUGGGGAUGUGGACAUGUCACUUUCCCUUUUGCAAGAGAUAAGCUCUUUGCAAGAAAAGUUAGAAGUCACCCGUACUGACCACCAGAGAGAAAUAACUUCUCUGAAGGAGCAUUUUGGAGCCCGGGAAGAAACUCAUCAGAAGGAGAUAAAAGCUCUGUAUACUGCCACGGAAAAGCUUUCCAAAGAGAACGAGUCAUUGAAAAGCAAGCUGGAGCAUGCCAACAAAGAGAACUCAGAUGUGAUAGCUCUAUGGAAGUCCAAACUGGAGACUGCUAUUGCGUCCCACCAGCAGGCGAUGGAAGAACUGAAGGUAUCUUUCAGCAAAGGGCUUGGGACAGAGACGGCAGAAUUUGCUGAGCUAAAAACACAAAUAGAGAAAAUGAGACUAGAUUACCAACACGAAAUAGAAAAUUUGCAGAAUCAACAAGACUCUGAACGGUCUGCUCAUGCUAAAGAGAUGGAAGCCUUGAGGGCUAAACUGAUGAAAGUUAUUAAAGAAAAGGAAAACAGUCUGGAAGCCAUCAAGUCGAAACUGGACAAAGCAGAAGACCAGCAUCUCGUAGAAAUGGAGGAUACGUUGAACAAAUUACAGGAAGCUGAAAUAAAGGUAAAGGAGCUAGAGGUUCUACAAGCCAAAUGCAAUGAACAAACCAAGGUUAUUGAUAAUUUUACAUCACAGCUCAAGGCUACUGAAGAAAAGCUCUUGGAUCUUGAUGCACUUCGGAAAGCCAGUUCCGAAGGUAAAUCGGAAAUGGAGAAACUUAGACAGCAGCUUGAGGCAGCUGAGAAACAGGUUAAACAUUUAGAGAUUGAAAAGAAUGCUGAAAGUAGCAAGGCUAGUAGCAUUACCAGAGAGCUCCAGGGGAGAGAGCUAAAGCUUACUAACCUUCAGGAAAAUUUGAGUGAAGUCAGUCAAGUGAAAGACACUUUGGAAAAAGAACUUCAGAUUUUGAAAGAAAAGUUUGCUGAAGCUUCAGAGGAGGCAGUCUGUGUUCAGAGAAGCAUGCAAGAAACUGUAAAUAAGUUACACCAAAAGGAGGAACAGUUUAACAUGCUGUCUUCUGACUUGGAGAAGCUGAGAGAAAACUUAGCAGAGAUGGAGGCAAAAUUUAGAGAGAAAGAUGAGAGAGAAGAGCAGCUGAUAAAGGCGAAGGAAAAACUGGAAAAUGACAUUGCAGAAAUAAUGAAGAUGUCAGGAGAUAACUCUUCUCAGCUGACGAAAAUGAACGAUGAGUUACGUCUGAAAGAAAGAUAUGUAGAAGAAUUACAGCUAAAACUUACAAAGGCUAAUGAAAAUGCAAGUUUUCUGCAAAAAAGUAUUGAGGACAUGACUCUCAAAGCUGAACAGAGCCAGCAAGAAGCAGCUGAAAAGCAUGAGGAAGAAAAGAAAGAAUUGGAGAGGAAAUUGUCGGACCUGGAAAAGAAGAUGGAAACGAGCCACAACCAGUGUCAGGAGCUGAAAGCCGGGUAUGAGAAGGCCACUUCUGAGACAAAAACCAAGCAUGAAGAAAUCCUGCAGAACCUCCGGAAGACGCUGCUGGACACAGAGGACAAGCUGAAGGGCGCACGGGAGGAGAACAGUGGCUUGCUGCAGGAGCUGGAGGAGCUGAGAAAGCAAGCCGACAAAGCCAAAGCUGCUCAAACAGCGGAAGAUGCCAUGCAGAUAAUGGAACAGAUGACCAAAGAGAAGACUGAGACUCUGGCCUCCUUGGAGGACACCAAGCAAACAAAUGCAAAACUACAGAAUGAAUUGGACACACUUAAAGAAAACAACUUGAAAAAUGUGGAAGAGCUGAACAAAUCAAAAGAACUCCUGACUGUGGAGAAUCAAAAAAUGGAAGAAUUUAGGAAAGAAAUAGAAACCCUAAAGCAGGCAGCAGCUCAGAAGUCCCAGCAGCUUUCAGCAUUGCAAGAAGAGAACGUUAAACUUGCUGAGGAGCUGGGGAGAAGCCGGGACGAAGUCACAAGUCAUCAAAAGCUGGAAGAAGAAAGAUCUGUGCUCAAUAAUCAGUUGUUAGAAAUGAAAAAAAGCUUGCCCAGUAACACUUUAAGAGAAUCCAAGUUCAUAAAAGACGCAGAUGAAGAGAAAGCUUCCUUGCAGAAAUCCAUCAGCAUAACUAGUGCCUUACUCACAGAAAAGGAUGCCGAGCUGGAGAAACUGAGAAAUGAGGUCACAGUGCUCAGGGGAGAAAACGCCUCUGCCAAGUCCUUGCAUUCAGUUGUUCAGACUCUAGAGUCUGAUAAGGUGAAGCUUGAGCUCAAGGUAAAGAACUUGGAGCUUCAACUCAAAGAAAACAAGAGGCAGCUCAGCAGCUCCUCAGGUAAUACGGACACUCAGGCAGACGAGGAUGAAAGAGCCCAGGAGAGUCAGCAAAUGAUUGAUUUCCUAAAUUCAGUAAUAGUGGACCUUCAAAGGAAGAAUCAAGACCUCAAGAUGAAGGUGGAAAUGAUGUCAGAAGCAGCCCUGAAUGGGAACGGGGAUGACCUGAACAAUUAUGACAGCGAUGAUCAGGAGAAACAGUCCAAGAAGAAACCUCGCCUCUUCUGUGACAUUUGUGACUGCUUUGAUCUCCACGAUACAGAGGAUUGUCCUACCCAGGCACAGAUGUCAGAGGACCCUCCCCAUUCCACACACCAUGGCAGUCGGGGUGAGGAGCGCCCAUACUGUGAAAUCUGUGAGAUGUUUGGACACUGGGCCACCAACUGCAAUGACGACGAGACCUUCUGAUGAAGCCUCAAGUGGAGGACACGGCUCUCUCAGAUGCACUCGCACUGACACAGCGUAACACCAGCAUUGUGUGUGCAGACUCCAAGAGAACUCAUGGUAUUUUUUACCCCAUCAGCAAAUCUAGGAAAAUAUUUUGAUCUUCAACAAAUUGCCCUUUAGUCUCCCCCUAUGAGUUAGAAGAAUAAAUAUUUAGUAGGUGAGUUUUCACCUCGAAUUUUGUUUUCUUGAUUUUCAAGUUUGAAGACAUUGCACCAGAUGCCAUUACAUUUAUUGUCCCUAGACCUCAUAGAAAAAUCCCUACCCUUAUAAUACCUUAUUUAAGUAACUUUAAAUUAUGCCGUUACUUUUCAUAUUUGCACUAAAAUAUUUCCAGGCUGCAUUUGUAUAUUUAGAUUUUUUGGUUAAGCUUUGACACUGGAAUGAGUUGAAAAAAUGUGCCAUUUUGCAUUUUCAUCUACUCAUUUAAAGUAUUUUAUUCUUAUUCAAAGAAAUAUCUGAGCUCUUUGCACUACCUGUUAUCAGUAGUGCCUUUGUUUCAGGCUUGAUAAUACUUAGGUGUGAUUAUAAAAUCAUGAAGCAGGUAAAGGGAGGGGAAAGCCCCCAAACUGCUGUGGGGACAUUUGAUAAUCUAUAUGCUGCACCCACUUAAUCUACUGUGGUGUUUUGUUUAUUAGUUUUCCAUAAUUUCAGCUUCUAUAUAUUAUAUGUAUAUAUUUUUUAAAAAUCUAUAUUUUGGGAAAAAAACAUACACAAUGUGUCUUUCUUUUUGGAUAUUUACCUUUUUGAAAAAGAAAACACUUAAAAUAAUCAUUAGGACAUAACGGACUAGGCCAGACAUAGCAUCAUGCGGCUUUGCAACAUUUUCAUUUGUUUGUUUUCCUUUUAUUUCUUAAACAGAUUUAAAUAACUGGAGGAAUUUUCUCCAAUUUUGUUUCCUUCUCUAGCAGGUAUCCCCAGCAGUCAGUUAACAAUAAGCCAGUAUAAAACGCCUAAAUUAACCAGUCUACAAUCUUCCUUUACAAGUUUUUUUACUGUUUUUAGAUGAAUGUACGAUGAGAAAUUCAACAUUAAUAAUUUUGGAUUUUCUUAUCACAAAAAAGAAAAUGAAGGACCUCAAAGCACCAGAACAGUUUAUUGACCAGUUUGAAUCUAUUUAUCUUCAUUUGAAUGUCUUCUAGAAUAUGUAAAAAGGAAUAAAAUGUAUCUUCCAUGCCACAUGUACAAUAAGAACUUCUAUAAUUGUAUAUAUGCCUUUGAUGUAUUUUCCCCUCAAGAUGAUCAACUGUAUGUUUGACAGUGAAUAUUAAAUCUGUUACCAGUUGAAAUUUUUGGUUAUAAAUGUAAUACAAAUUGUUUCACAAACAGAAAACAUGUAAAGCAGUAUUAAAAUUUGGCCAAACAAGUGUUCUGUAUCUACUUUAAUAAAUGGUUAUUCGUU